AAAUAACUGAGUCUUUCAGGUUCUAUCAGGACCAGAACCGGAUCUGAAAAAAAACAGAACGUGUCUGGAUCAGAACCAGAGCAAUCAGCCAAUCAGAGCACAGCCCAGUGGAGCCUUGAAGUAACACAAGGAGAAAGACAGGAGUCAGUUUGUCCUGCAGCCUCCUGACCCCAGAAACAGCUCAGCAUGACCCCAGCCAGCUGCAGCACCACCCCAGCCAGCUGCAGCACGACCCCAGCCAGCUGCAGCACGACCCCAGCCAGCUGCAGCACGACCCCAGCCAGCUGCAGCAUGGACCGAGCAGAACCUCCCCUGGAUCUUUCCAUGUGAUGAUAUGAGGUUAUAACCUGGAUUAUCUGGAAGCCGCGAAGCUAAAACAGCAGAAAUGUGAUUUGUGUUUUUGGGCUCCAUCACACCGGGCUGUGCUGCCUGCUGGUCAUCUCCUCUUACUGCUCAAUAAAGUUCUGACCCGGUUAAUCUGAGGGAUUAGCUGCCUCAGCAGAUUAGCUGCUCAUCUGCUGCAGUCGACAUGGCGGCCCAGAGGAGCUCGGUUCUGCUCGCAGGUCUGUUGCUGGUACCGGUUCUGUUGGGAUCAGCCUUUGUGGAGGAGCUGGAUGACACCUUCAUGGAAACUACAGAACCUGAAGAGAUCUGGCUCAUCCAGUUUUACGCCCCCUGGUGUUCCUUCUGCAAACAGCUGGAUUCUGUCUGGCACCAGAUCGGAUCAGAACUUCGGAGUCUCGGCUCUCCGGUUCGCGUUGGAAAAUCCGAUGCUACGGUCAACACUGGUUUGGCCAGAGAGUUCAAGAUCCGAAAUUAUCCUGCCAUCCUCAUGCUGAAGAACAACGUCAAGUUCAACUACCCCGGCUCCAGAACCAAGGAGGGAAUUAUGGACUUCGCUGACCGAGUCUCAGGGCCUCUGGUUCGCUCUCUAAGCAGCACACGCCUCUUCCAACACGCCAUCAGCCACCAUGACGUCCUGGUCCUUUAUGUGGGAGCAACGUCAGAGCUCAAGGGAAACCUGACGGCUGCAGCAGAGGAACUAAUCGUCCACACCUACUUCUUCUCUGCCAGCAGAGAGAUCCUGCCACAGGAAGUGACUCUGACGUCUCUACCAGCAGUGCUGCUUUUUAAGGACGGGACAUACUUCAUUUAUGAUGAGGAACAGGACGGAGACCUGAAGUCCUGGAUCAAAAGAGAACGCUUCCCCAACUUCUUUCUGAUUGACGGCUACACCCUGUAUGCCAUGGGGGAGUCAGGUAAACUGGUCUUACUGGCUCUGCUGGAGGAGAAACACCUGUGUGAAGAAAACCUAAGGUAUAAGCAUCUGGUGGAGAAGGUGGCCAUAGAGCACAAGGACACCUACAGCAGGAAGUUCUACUUUGGUUUCAUGGAGGACAGCGGAUACAUCGACGGACUCAUCAUGGGCACCUGUUCCUGCAGAGACGCUCUCGUUCCCUCCUUGAUGGUGGUCAACCUGUCCAAUGAUGGCUACUUCCUGCCACCAGCCCCCAUAGAGACAGAGCUGCAGCUGCUGGACUUCCUGGACGGCGUGCUGGACGGCAGCGUGGAGGCUCUGGGAGGGAAUGACUUGACUCAGCGCAUCCGACGCUUCCUUUACGAGACCAGAAUGACACUAACGCCGGUGUUCAGGGACGCCCCGGUGCUCGGCUGCUUCUUGAUUGGCUUCCCGCUGGCGGUCGGCUGCGUCUUCUGCUACCUCUGCAUCAAGAACCGACCCGGUUCUGCUGAUGACGACGAAGACACUCCUCUACUGGCGCCGUCGAUGCAACGCAAGAAGAAACUGUCAGAGAAAAAGUCUGAUUGAGCGGAUGUGGAGGAACUAGACUUUCGGUCCAGUUAUGUAGAUCUUCAAGAAAAGGUUCUGGUUUGACCCAGAUGUACUUUUGAACAGGAACUUUCAUUAGUCAGCUCAGUUGUGUCUGUUUUAAUCCCAAUUAAAAUCAUAAGUCAGUGAAA